GUUAUGCGUAACCUCAUGCUACAGUAACAAUGUAACUCAAAAGUCACCACCACGAUUUUACCAAAACAAACCGAGCGAAAGCAGCGAGCUUUGCUUUCAUCUUAAAAAAUGAGCAAUCUUGAUGAGUGGAUACACAACGCAAAUGAAUGUAUUUCAAUUGUUUUAAUAAAUGAAAAAGGUGAUAUCGAUUGUAAAUUCCAUCCUACUUUUACCUACAGUAUUUUUGGGGACUCGGAAGUUUUGUACGGUUAUAAAAAUCUGAACAUAGAGAUCCAAUAUGUAUUACCUUCAAUGACACCAGAACUAAAAGUUACAUAUUCCGAUCGACUUGCUCCGGAAUCUGGUGUAGAACCUACAAACGUUGAUCAAACAUUGUCGAUAUAUAUGAGAGAUGAUCGUGUACCAGAAAAUCUGGAACCGGUGAACAUUCGUGAUAUUCCGGUUCUUGAAAGUUACUCUUUUGAUGAACGUAAAUUUUGUAUACUAAAAAGCAAACCCAGUGACAUAGGUGCUGUCAUGCAGUAUCUACAGCUUUUUUCUUUAUUAUUUAUCGAGGGUGGGUCUUUUAUUGAUAUAUUUGAUCCCAAAUGGACCAUUUAUUUAUUAUACGAAAUCAAAGAUGAACAGUAUUAUCUAAGAGGAUAUUGUACUGCUUACGAUUACUAUAAAUGGGAUAAGGAAAAAACAGAUGGUGUACGCCCUCGUAUUUCUCAGUUUCUGAUACUUCCUCCUUUCCAAAAAGAAGGACAUGGUUCCAGGCUUUACAAUGCUAUUGUAAACAAUUUUCUACAGGAUCCAAAAGUCCUUGAGUUCUCAGUGGAGGAUUCAUCUGAAGCGUUUGAUGCCCUUCGUGACCGUUGUGAUUUCCAACGACUAAAAUCCCUAAACCUUUUUACCAGUCCGGAAUUCCAUUUGCCUCUCUCAAAGGAAUGGUUGCACUCUCAAAGAUCUGCCAUUAAACUACCACCGCGUCAGUUUCUUCGCUGUUGUGAGAUUGCAUUUACCAUGAAGCUGAAGAGUCUGUCUCUCUUAGAAAGAAAGGCGCUGCGUCUUUUAAUUAAGGAAAGAAUCUUUCGUCAAAAUUUGGAUGUCUUACUGCAGUUGGACCGUCCUGAUCGCCUUGAUAAAAUCCAAGGAGCCUACCAAAACCAACUUGACGAGUACAAGAAGAUUGCAAAAAAGCUACCAAAAUUAUCUCAGCAAGAAUCAAGAAAGCGACAGAAAACGAAGUAGAAAACUUAUAAAGAAUAAAAUACCCUAAUGCUAAAAAUUAUCCAACGUUCAUAUUAAUGCUUCAAUGAUGGUAUUAUUUCUAGUUAUGGUCACAAUGUGUUUGCAAAGAAGCAAUUGAUACAAACUAGUCAAUUUUAAUAUCCACUGUUAUGAAUUUGUUAAUACUGCGCUCUCACUAGUGUGUAUUCCAAUUAGUUCGUUCAUUUUUUAUUUUCUAG